AAGGGGACACAUUUUCCAAUAGCCACAGCAGGAGACAAAUGUCAUAAUUCUUGUAAGUAAGUUGUCUCGUGAGGUCAUUCUAAGUUCCACGUGCCCUAAAAUCAUGUACUUACUGAAAAGCCUGACAAAACUGUUAUGAAACUGUGCAAAUGUCAGAAGAAAAGUUAUUCCACCUUAGAAUGUGCUCUUGUAUUUAAAACGCUUUUCAAGAAAUAAGUAUACAAACUGCACACUGACAAAUUCAGCUAAUCAAAGACUCCACAGUGGAGCACCAGAGAAGGCAGGACGCUUUGUCAAGUCUUGAACGUGUUAACAUGCAGUUUAUUAUCUGUUACAGAAAAUCUUUCUUGAGGUUAAGAAAAUCCAUCAGCUAUUCUACAUUUGUUAACAAGAAACAAAAUUUUCAAAAAUUAUCGUUAAAAGGGUGUGUCUACAGGGAAAGACUAGUGCUCAAAUUGUGAAGCACAUGCCCUGAGGCUCACAGAUUUAUUAUAGCGAAUCAGACAGGCGACAGUACUUGAGAAAAGUACUGCAUGUGUAGUGAGGUGGACAACAUUUGGGACCUCUCCUUGUCGAGGAGUCGUGACAGCAAAAUCACUUCCUGAGGAAGGAGGAGCAAAAAGGAAGAGGCCAUCCUGACCAGGAAGUGACUCGCCCUAAACUAACCCCAAUUAUAUCUACAAAUGGGGGGAUGGGGGUUAGCACCAACUGCUAAAGGCGGUAAAAUAACUGCUUUUUGAUAUGUAGCAACAUAACCACCACCCACUCUCAAAAUUACAGGAAAAAAGUCCACAGUCACGAUCUAAUAAAGGAAACGUCUGUUCCCUCGCAGGGAGGCCCCUGGGCUGUGCCUCAGGCCUGAGAGAAAAGGAGAGUCGAGGAACGAGGAACUGGGGCCACCGUGAGGCAGAGGAAAGCCCCGUAAGAGGGAAGCGUCCCGACUGCGGAGAGCGUAUGUCAGCAUUGACAAAGAAGCUUCUUUUUCCUGGGGACACUGCGAGGCUCCCAACGCAGCCGGGCCGAGCCCCAGUUCCCUGUCGGGGGAGGAGUGACUGUAUUUUUAAAUUCAUUGACACCCAAAUUCUAUGUGGCACUUACAGGGACAUCUUCAUUGAUAUCAGGACUAAUAUUUGUAUUUGAAUGGUGGUACUUCCAUAAGCAUGGCACAUCUUUUAUUGAGCAAGUAUCUGUAAGCCAUUUGCAACCACUGAUGGGAGGAACAGAGAGCAGCAUUUCAGAACCAGGGUCUCCUUCGAGGAACAGAGAAAGUGAAACCAGCAGACAGAAUUUGUCAGAAUGUAAGGUAUGGAGAAACCCUCUAAAUCUUUUCAGAGGAGCAGAAUAUAGGAGAUACACUUGGGUGACUGGUAAAGAGCCACUUACAUACUAUGACAUGAACCUGUCAGCUCAGGACCAUCAGACCUUUUUCACCUGUGACACAGAUUUUUUACGUCCUUCAGACACAGUUAUGCAGAAGGCCUGGAGGGAAAGAAAUCCUCCAGCUCGAAUCAAAGCAGCCUAUCAAGCUUUAGAAUUGAACAAUGACUGUGCCACUGCAUACGUUCUACUGGCUGAGGAAGAAGCAACAACUAUUGUAGAUGCUGAAAAGUUAUUUAAACAGGCACUCAAGGCAGGAGAAACAAUUUAUAGGCAGUCACAGCAGUGCCAGCACCAAAGUCCUCAGCAUGAAGCUCAACUGAGGAGAGAUACCAAUGUACUGGUAUAUAUUAAAAGAAGAUUGGCAAUGUGUGCAAGAAAGUUAGGAAGAAUAAGAGAAGCAGUAAAAAUAAUGAGAGAUUUGAUGAAAGAAUUUCCUCCUCUUACCAUGUUGAACAUCCAUGAAAAUCUCUUAGAAUCACUUUUAGAAUUACAGGCCUAUGCAGAUGUUCAGGCAGUCCUAGCGAAAUAUGAUGAUAUAAGCCUUCCAAAGUCAGCAGCAAUCUGUUACACAGCAGCACUGUUGAAGACAAGGACUGUUUCAGAAAAAUUCUCUCCAGAAACAGCCUCCAGAAGAGGAUUAAGCACAGCAGAAAUUAAUGCUGUGGAAGCAAUUCAUAGAGCUGUGGAAUUUAAUCCUCAUGUUCCAAAAUAUUUAUUAGAGAUGAAAAGUUUAAUUUUACCUCCAGAACACAUUCUGAAACGGGGUGAUAGUGAAGCAAUUGCCUAUGCUUUCUUUCAUCUUCAGCACUGGAAACGAAUAGAAGGUGCUCUUAAUCUGUUACAGUGUACAUGGGAAGGCACUUUUAGAAUGAUUCCACACCCGUUAGAGAAAGGACAUCUAUUUUACCCUUAUCCCAGCUGCACAGAGAUGGCUGAUAGAGAGCUAUUACCUACCUUUCAUCAUGUUUCUGUUUACCCAAAGAAGGAGCUUCCUUUGUUCAUCCAUUUCACAGCAGGAUUUUGCUCUUCUACAGCAAUGAUAGCCAUUCUCACACACCAGUUUCCUGAAAUCAUGGGUAUUUUUGCUAAAGCUGUGCUGGGACUCUGGCGCCCCCAACCCUGGGCAUCCUCAGGAUUUGAGGAGAAUACACAAGAUUUGAAGUCAGAAGACCUAGGUUUGAGUUCUGGCUGAGCCACGCACAGUUCAUUUGACCUUGGACCAAUCACCAAAUUCUUCUGAACAGCAUCUGUAAAGUGACAGUAACCCCUACCUCACAGGGUUGUUGUGAGGAUUACGUAUAUGCUAAAGCAUUCUGUAUAUGAAAAAGCUUCUUAUGAACAUUAUUGUUAUUCCUGGGGAAACCCCACCUUGGAAGCUGUCAAAAAGGACAACUGUAGAUGAAGUUGUCUUCCUUUUUUCUUCAUUCAGCUUAGCCUUUCUGUUUGGCCAGGGCUGCUUACAGGAGCUGUUAGGGUUGAAGUAAAGUCACCACAUUUUGGCUCCUUUGGUCAAAGAGAAAGAACUCUAAUGUCCAGCUGCUCCAUCCAUAUACCCAUAGAAUGGAAGUGAGUAAAGGAAAAUUUUAAGCCAGGAUAGUUAACAGUUAGGGGGCCAAUGGGAGAAUGCUUGCCUUGCAUUUGCAAAUCCAGAAUGACUAAAACAUCUUAAGUAAAUGAGGAAUAGCCACAAAGAUGCUCAGAGAUAAUAUAAGCCAUGAGUGGGAAGUGGGAAAAUGAGUUUGUAAACUCCUCUCUUUUCUAUCCCUUUACCUUUGAGGUCAGGGACAGGCAUACAGCCCACUGGCUAUUGCCCUAUACCUACCAAUCACCCAAAGAAAAUAAUAGCUUCUGAGAAAGCUCAAUUCACUGUAGCAACUGUGAUAUAUUUACCCUAAUAAAGCCACCACUUGGUCUUUUCCAGUGCUUCUCUCUUACGGAGGUCAUCCCUGGAAUCCAAAGCUAUCCAGUUUUCUAACCCAGUUAAGAGUUUAAAACAACCACAGGUCAUAAGCAGUAGGCUUGGCAGUUAUACCUUAUGCAGUCAUAGGAGACUGUCUCAUCAUUCUCAGCACAUAGGGUGCACAUCUCACUCUCUCCAGCAUGAACCAGCCUUGUGAAUGUGUACAGUCUCAGCCACUCUCCUUUGGUGAUAAUUCUUCACUACUGAUCUCUCCUCGCCAUGCCCUUUCUGCAUCCUUCCCCCAACCACCCACCAGCGGAGUUCUGGUCCCCAAACCAAAGAGUUGCCUGCAGGUUGGUAAUGUAACUUUGUAGAUAUUCCUUGAUUACAGCUAAACCCUAUUGGUAUCCUUUUUGAAUUACUGGAUCGAAAUCUAAUUGUUUUUUUUUUUUAAUUGUUGAGGAGAGGAGGAUGAGCAGAACUCCUAUGCAGCCUGAGAGAAGUUCUGUAUGUGUCUAUAUAUGUACACGUGUGUGUGUGUGUAACCUCAUGGUUGUGCUCAGGCUGACAGGGAGGGCAAAGAGUGAAAAGGAACCAUCUCUUUCUUGUUUUCCAACAUUGCUUCAAAGAUGCCCAACCCCCGUAGUAGCAGGCAGUUCCCAAGUGGAGGGUCGGGGCAGAGGCCUCCACCAAGGCCAUCAAUAACCAGGUGUGAGCUACAGGUCUCUGUGUAAUGUGAAGCUUUCCCGUAUUUCAUUUCUGCACCCAGGGGGCGGCUCUGCAGGAUUGCUUACGGAGAGCUCUGUGUCUGGCACCUCUCUCCGCAAGGCCCAGGCGCCCAGGGUCCCACCGACCUGCCCAGGAAUGCAUCACAUUGUUCUCUGGUGCUGUAAUUUGGCUGCAGGAGCUAGGCUGAAUGCCUCCCAGGGAUGAGAAACAUACUCUCCCUGGCGUCCUCCCUUCGCCCCAGCUAGCUUGAGCUUCUGCCCUGUGACCACUGAGUGCGUUUAAAUAAAAACCUCAGAAAGACUGAGGAAAAAAAAUCCUAAUUAUCUCUCUUCUAUUAAGCCAUGUAGAGACUCGUGUCCUGAGUGGGUCUGAGAAUUUGGCAAAGACUUAGUGGUUGGUGUUCUUGAUAAGGGAAGUGAGAGAAAGGAGAAGAAAUUACUCCCUGCAACAGGGAGGAAUAGAAAUGAAGCAGUGAGUGUUCAGAAGUUAGAUCUACAAGAAGUUUUGCAGACAGACCCUCAGGGCCAGGCAAUGUUUGUUUUUGUUUUUUUUUUUUUAAUCUGAAGCCCUUGAUUUUAUUUUUACAGCAUCACUCUAAGGAAGAGUGUGGAUUACUGCCAUUAUUCAGGGCUGGUAAUAAUAAAAGUUAGCUUUUAUCUGCAGGGCUAGGUUAAGGCUGGCAUUCUUACUUUUACAUAAAAAAAACUGGCUACAGGCUGUGCAGCUGAGGUACUUCAGUCAUGUGCCUUCUCUAAAGGAUUCUUAGAUCCUUAAAAUAUAUAGUAUCUUUUUAAGUUUGUAUCUAAAUAGCACUUACUGUAAUGUAUUAUACCUAAACGUUUAUUAAAAGUUAGAAGAAAUGAGUACCAACAGGAAGGAAUGGAAGAGAGGAGACGGGCUAAGACAUUGCUGAUCUGAGGGACAGACCUCUAUCAAAUAGAGGGCUGGGAGAAGUAGUGAUUAGAAGCAGAGUGAGGGAACUAAAUGGAGCCCUGACUGCACCAAAUAAAGUUCUCAUUUUGCUGCUUGUUCCAAAUAAA